UUACCAGGUUUUGGCUUCGACCCGACAGCCGGGCGGUCCUUUCAGUCGGGGGCCGCCGUGGCCCGAGGGUCAUAAUGCAUUUAUGGCGCGUUGAUAAAGGUGAUUGGCAGCUGCUGUGAUUCCAGGACAGCCUUAUCUCCGCGGCGGAGGCGAAGCUCCUCUCAGAGCUCUUCUCUGCCGUGGACCAUGGCGUUGAACGGAGCGCUCGUCCCGGCUCUCGUCCUGCUGGUGGCGUUCGGAUCCUCCGGGGCCAAAGUGGAGGAGGAGAACCCGGAGUUCUGGAGGUCACGGGCCCAGAGGACGCUGCAGUCGGCGCUGGACAGGAAGCUCAACACCAACGUGGCCAAGAACAUCCUGUUCUUCCUGGGAGACGGUAUGGGAAUCACAACCAUCACGGCGGCCCGUAUCCUCAAGGGACAACUGGAGAACAAGACGGGGGAGGAGACGGUGAUGACCAUGGACACCUUCCCCAAUGUGGGACUGGCUAAGACCUACAGCGUGGACUUCCAGAUCGCAGACAGUGCGGCCACGGCCACGGCGUACCUGUGCGGAGUGAAAACCAACCUGAACACAAUCGGCGUCAGCGCGGCGGCUCGCAACGGAGUCUGCAAGACGCAGAAGGGCAACGAGGUCACGUCCAUCCUCAAGUGGGCCAAAGACGCCGGCAAGUCUGUCGGCAUUGUGACAACCACGAGGGUGCAGCACGCCACCCCGGCCACCAGCUACGCCCACAGCGCCAGCAGGAAGUGGUACAGCGACGCCGACAUGCCCGCCGCCGCCAAGCGGGACGGCUGCACCGACAUCUCCUCGCAGCUCCUCAAAAACACCGACGUAGACGUGAUCAUCGGCGGCGGUAGAAAGUACAUGACCCCCUGGGGUGUAAAGGACCCAGAGUACCCUAAGGACUACGCCUCCAGGGGCAAAAGAAGAGACGGGCGCAACCUCAUCGAUGAGUGGCAGAGCCUGAAGACCGGAAAGGUAGCCCACUACGUGUGGAACAGAACAGACUUCAACGCCGUCGACCCUGAAACAACAGACUACCUCAUGGCUCUGUUUGAACCGGGUGAUUUACGCUUCGAGGCGGAACGAGACCCGAACAUGGACCCGUCCAUCGCGGAGACCACGGAAAAGGCCAUCCGCAUCCUCCAGAAGAACCCCAAGGGCUUCUUCCUGCUGGUGGAGGGCGGGCGCAUCGACCAGGCUCACCACGCGGGCCGGGCCUCCAUGGCGCUCCACGAGACGGUCGCCUUCGACCACGCCAUCGCCAAGGGCCUCGAGCUCACCGCGGAGCACGACACUCUCACCGUGGUGAUGGCCGACCACUCGCACCCCGUCACCUUCAACGGGUACCCGUUCCGAGGGCAGAGCAUUCUGGGUAAAUCCCCGCUGUGGGCCACCGACGUGCUGCCUUACACCACGCUGAUGUACGGCAACGGGCCGGGACACAAAAUCACCAACGGCACGCGUCCGGACAUCCGCAACGUCAACACACAGGCGAAGGACUACGUCCAGCUGGCCGCCGUCCCCACCAAGUCGGCCACCCACAGCGGGGAGGACGUGGCGGUGCUGGCCCGCGGGCCCAUGGCCCACCUCUUCCAGGGCGUCAACGAGCAGAGCUACGUCGCCCACGCCAUGGCCUACGCCGCCUGCGUGGGCGCCGACGUCAGGCACUGCCGGGGGCUCCCCGAGGACCCCGCGGUCCAGAGCACCGUCGCCGUGGGGGGAGGGGCCGCGGCGGUGGGCGGUGGCGCCCUGGCCGUUCUGCUCGGUGCGCUGCUGGCCCUCGAGGCGCCGGUGUGAGGUCCGGUUGGCCAGGUGGACCCUGACGAUCCGGUUCCGGUCGGAGGUCAGAGGUCACGGAGGGGCAGGCGGAGUUGGGAUAUAUAAAGACAUGUUAUUACAAAUGAGUUGUUUAAGUUCCGCUGUCAAUCAAUGGCGUUUUACUUAUUGAAUCCCUGUAUCAGACCGGAGGAGCCGCCCUAAAGCUUCUUUAUAAACUCCAUUCAUACAAACAUUGUAGAUAUAAAGGUUUCUUCGUACAACAUACAAACAAAUUAAAUCUUUUUAUUCCGAUCUGCGUUCGUCGUCAUCCUUGGAAAACGUCCGAAAAUAGAAAGGAAAAAACUGCUGCUUUCAUCUUUGAAGCAAAGUGUUUUUCCAACUUUUCUGAUGGACUCAACGGUUCACUGUCGUUCAGGUUUAUUUAUUUAUUUAUUUAUUUAUCUCUGCACUAUAAUCGAAGGAGCUGCAACCAGGAGUUCUGGUGACUCAUGUCGGCAAAAUAUAGUUCCAGUUCGUAACAUCAAAUUGAGACAUAUUUCUGUGGACAUGAAACAAAGUAGAAGGAGAGACGUAACGGUUCAGUCAGAGGGCUUCGGAUUCUCCUUCGUUUUUCUCCUGAGAGCCAGUUUGUGUAACUGCUUCCUGUCCUCGUGCUAAGCUAAGCUCCUGUUAGCUUUAUAUUUAGUGUUCACACGAGAGCAGAAGAAAAACCCAAUGAGAAUCCAGCCUGUAAAAAGCCCAUUGAUUCAAAUGAGUGUAA